AUGGAUCUUAGUCGACAGAGAUGGAUCCAAGUCGACAGAGAUGGAUCCAAGUCGACAGAGAUGGAUCCAAGUCGACAGAGAUGGAUCCAAGUCGACAGAGAUGCAUCCAAGUCGACAGAGAUGGAUCCAAGUCGACAGAGAUGGAUCCAAGUCGACAGAGAUGGAUCCAAGUCGACAGAGAUGGAUCCAAGUCGACAGAGAUGGAUCCAAGUCGACAGAGAUGGAUCCAAGUCGACAGAGACGGAUCCAAGUCGACAGAGAUGGAUCCAAGUCGACAGAGAUGGAUCCAAGUCGACAGAGAUGGAUCCAAGUCGACAGAGAUGGAUCCAAGUCGACAGAGAUAGAUCCAAGUCGAAAGAGAUAGAUCCAAGUCGAAAGAGAUGA